AUGGAAUUAUUAACAAACAUACCAGAGGAAAGAAAACAAAUUGUAACAGUAGUGGUUACUAGCUGCGAUACCGUUAUAGAAUAUAGGAGAUUCUCGUCAUUGUAUAAAUUGUUACGAGUAGCAGCAUACAUGUUAAGAUUUAUUUACAAUAUAAGAUGUGGCAAGGAAAACCGCAAGCUAGGCACGAUAGGCGCCGAAGAAAUUAAAAUAGCUAAAAUAAGGGUAAUUAUGUUAGUACAAUCCGAAAAGUUUUCAGACGAAAUAGAAAUGUUAAAAUCGAGCAAAAAGGUACAGAGAAGUUCAAGACUGAUAGCCCUAUCACCAUUUGUUGACCACAACGGAAUCUUAAGAGUGGGUGGAAGGUUGAAGCACGCAGUCCUACCGGAAGAGGUCAAACACCCCACAAUCUUACCAUCACAUCACUAUUUUACAAAGCUGGUGAUUAUACACUACCAUGAGAAGUUAUUGCAUGCUGGAGUCCAGACUACAUUAAGUAAUAUUAGAGAAGAAUUCUGGCCAAUAUUUGUAAGGAGUAGAGUCAAGGAGAUAAUACACAAAUGUAUCCGGUGCCGAAAGGCUAAUCCCAAAGCAAGCUGA